AUGGCCACUCGCAUCCGCGACAUGGCAGACACUGCCGGCAGGACGGCAGUACAGCUGGCCAAGCGCAUCGCCAUCACUCCCAAGCCUGAUAGCCCGCCUGGCUUGAUAGAGGCUUUGACCUUGGAUCCGUGGGCUAAGUCUGGCAAGUAUGGAUUGGGAUGGACCUACUUCGCUCUGGCUCUCAUGGGAACAGUCCUCCUCGUGCGAAUGUGGCAUUUCUGGCAGGACAAGAUCCGGCAAGCCAUCUACAAGCAAGAAGUGGAGGAAUACUAUGCCAAUUUGUACAACACCGACCCCGAUUACGCCCACGCGGUACACACUGGACAGGCACAACAUUUCUUCCCCGACUCCGAUGGACUCGGAGAGAAGCAAUUCAAGCCCAGAGCUCACUUCUCUUCUGUUGGUUUCGUCAACGACACACUGGCCCUCUUCCGAUGGAUGUUUUACCGACCCAUCCCUGAUUUGGCUUGGGGUAGUCACCGAUUCACCUUCUCAUCGCUGGCUGUCAUAACUUGCGGCCUCGUCGCCCUGGCGUUUGUGGCACUCUAUUGCUUCCUUCAACAACCGCUUUAUUGGCAGAGCAUUCAGUUCGGCUCCCCGCCCGUUGCUAUUCGAGCUGGCAUGAUCGCCGUUGCUCUUACCCCCUGGAUCAUUGUGACGAGCAUGAAGGCGAACGUCCUGUCCAUGCUUAUUGGUAUCGGGCCUGAGCGUCUCAAUGUCUUUCAUCGAUGGGCAGGCUACCUUUGCCUUUUCCUGUCCCUGGUCCAUAUGAUCCCUUUCUACAUUCAGCCAGUAUGGGACGAUGGUGGCAUGGACGUCUUCUCGCGCCUCUUCCCCGGCGGAAGUGGCGUCAUCUACGGCACCGGCAUUGCAUGUCUUGUCCCUCUUGUGUGGCUCUGCGUCGCAUCUCUACCGUUCAUCCGCCGCAUCGCUUACGAGCUCUUUGUCAUGCUCCACGUGCCUGUCGGCAUGGCCUACGUUGGGCUCUUGUUCUGGCACACCAAGAACUAUCUGGCGUCUUGGAACUAUCUCUGGGCAACAGUCGGCAUCUGGGCGUUCUGCUAUUUUAUCCGUCUGUUCAACCUCAAUUGGACGAGGCCGUGGCGGUUGAGCUUCAUGGUUGGUGAUGAAGCCGCCAUCAGCCUCCUUGCCGAAAACGCCAUAAAAGUCACCAUCCCAACUCAGAUGCGGUGGCGGCCCGGCCAAUAUGUCUACCUGCGCAUGCCAGGCGUGUCAUUCUUUGACAAUCACCCUUUCACCAUCUCAUCGCUCUGCAGCGACGAUUUUCCUUCGGAGUACGGCGAGCAAUACCGAGACUGCAUUUUGGUCUUCAAGCCUUACGGUGGCUUCACCCGCAAGGUCCUCGACAUGGCCAUCGAGAAGGGACCAUUCCACACCUACCGUGCCUUCUUGGAUGGACCCUACGGGGGUAUGCGCAGAGACCUUGCCGCCUUUGACACUUGCAUUUUGAUCGCAGGCGGAAGCGGCAUCACGGCCUUGAUGUCGCAAUUACUUAAUUUAAUCAAGCGUAUGCGUGAUGGGAAGGCCAUCACAAGGAAGGUGGUCGUGGUCUGGUCGCUCAAGAAACUUGAGGCUAUGGAUUGGUUCCGCGAAGAGCUUCGGAUUUGCCGUGAAUCUGCCCCUCCAGAGAGUGUCACUUGCAAGUUCUUCGUCACUUCAGCUGUCCGGAACCGGGGCAUGGCAAUCGAAGGUGCAGAUCGCGGUGCCCCUCGAGCCUUGAGUCAUCUUUUUCAUGACAAGCUGGAUGGUUUUGUUGCAGGCAUCGCGUCGAAGCGCAACUCCGCGCUGAUUCAGUCUGUGGCACAAGGCGACGUAGACCGCGAACAAGAGUUGCGUGCCGAGCAAGAGGAUAGAAUCACGGCGCUACCACAGCAAAAGUAUCUGCAGCCUCACCAGUACCCUCCCCCUCCCCCGGGGCCGCCACCCUCAAGUCGGUACUCGGCCCAUGAGCAGUCAUUGCGGAAUCUUGAGGGCCGCGAUUAUGAUGAUGAGGAUAGAGACGCGAAAAAGCGCGAGUUCCACUUUCCUCCGAUCAACACCAAAGGCGAGGUGCCACAUUUCAACUAUGCUCCGGCAUCGCCUCGGAAGGUGCCAGAAACCAGUCCGCAGGACUCGGAUGUCCCUGUACGGCCACCUGAAUUAGCACAUUUAAGGACUACCAACCUCCCUGGAGCCGGCCAACCUCGUCCGACCAGCACAUUUGGCCCGCCCUCAGGCUUCGACUUUGGCUUCCCCGAGACCCCAACCGAGUUCCAAAAGAGUCUGAUGCGCUUCGCUUUCCCCGUACCGCAUCAGAUCGAUGGCGGUUGGUCUGUCGAAUAUGGCCGACCAGACCUAGGCUACAUGCUCAAGGAGUGGGCGACUGGAGGCGCCGAUGGAAGAGGAAUCCUUGGCCGUCGGACGGCCGUGUUUGUGUGCGGACCCCCCGCCAUGCGCGUUGGUGUCGCGAAUACUGUCGCGCGCCUGCAAGCGGCGAUUUGGGGCGACGACAUGUUGGAGGAGAUUUAUCUACAUACUGAGAACUACGCCCUUUGA